UGGCCAGCCUCGGCCGCGGUACGUUCUCUGAAUUAAUCACGCACUAUCGGAAGUUCGCGCGAGCAGUAUCACUCCACUCCGCGCCUACUAGCCGCCGCCGCCGCGCGCGCAUCGCGAAAACAAACCACUCUUCCAACAAUCAACGAUAACAUUACAUCACCAGUGAUAACAUACCUACCUAGAUUAUCGCCAUCUUUCAUUGUGCGAUAAACUUGUUAGCGACAGUGUUCUAAAACGGUUGAGUAACAGUGCUGUGAUAGUGUGUGCGGAUGUGACUGCCUCGCCAUGGGGACGACGGCGCGGCUCAAGAUAACAGUGGUCGGCGAUGGCAUGGUGGGCAAGACCUGCCUGCUCUACGUCUACACGCAAGACAUCUUUCCCAAGGAGUAUGUGCCCACAGUGUUCGACAACUACGUGGGCCACAUCACGGUGGACGGCGAGGAGGUGGAGAUGGCGCUGUGGGACACCGCCGGCCAGGAGGACUACGAGCGGUUGCGCCCUCUGUCGUACACACACACGAACUGCUUCCUAGUCUGCUACUCGGUGGGGAACCGCGCGUCGUAUGACAACGUGGUGCUGAAGUGGUACCCCGAGCUGAAACACUUCAGCGGAGCCGUACCCAUAGUCUUAGUUGCUACGAAAAUUGACCUGCGGACGACGUCACCCACUCAGACCAUCACAACGCAGGAAGGAAAGAAAUUAAAAAAGAAAAUUAGGGCAGCAGCGCUAGUGGAAUGUUCGGCGCUGGAGAGGGUGAACCUCAACGAGGUGUUCGAGGAGGCCGUGCGCGCCGGCCUGCGCAAGAAGCCAGUCAUGAAGCGAUCCUGCCAGUACCUGUGACCAAACAAUACUAAACCCUGACGGCCUAGCCGUCGAUAUUGCUCUGUUUGAGACUUCUUAGUCAGUCAAGGAAUGUUUGUGAGGAUUGAAAAGCACAAGUAUUUGAAGUUGUCUCCCAAUAUGAUAUGAGUGCGAUAUUCGUUGUUACCAAUCCCACAUAAUAUGCACAAUGUGCAUACAUAAGUAUUCACUGCAAUAGUAUUCAACGAGGCCAAAUUGAUAAUGUUUCGUGAAUUUAAAGUUGUAUAAUUUUAGCUUAUAGUCACAAAGUUUUAUGGUGAGAUUAUGUUUAUCAAGUGAUAAAUUAAUUCUUAGGUGAUAAGGAGUGUGUGGUAUGUACCUUUUAAAGUGUAUAAAUUAUUGUAAUAAAUAAUAAUGUAAGAUAUAGGGUACAGAGAAUAUUUUAAUAACAUCAGUCAUUCCUAACUUCGUAACCAAAUUGUUCGAUUUAAUUAAUUGUACUUGUAAAUAUUAGAAAUUAUCAAAUUAGGUUACACAAAUGUGCUUAUUUCAUUUUUGUAUUCUUACAUUUAGUUAAUUUUGAACUACCUACAUGGCCUGUAUGUUUUAUUCAGAAGUCUACAAAUACAUACAAAAAUUACAAAGAAGUUUAUUUAGUACAAUAAAUAUAAACCCAUUGAAAAUAUUA